AACUGCUCCAAGCAACUGAUUCUCUUAGCGAAAGUAAUCUGAUUGGUUCUGGAAGUUUUGGCUCUGUUUACAAAGGCAUUCUCAGAAGUGGAAUUCAUAUUGCAGUUAAAGUGUUCAAUCCUCAACUGGAAGAGGCAUUCAAGAGUUUUGAUACAGAAUGUGAAGUUUUACGCAGCCUCCGCCAUAGGAAUCUUGUGAAAGUCAUCAUUAGUUGUUCCAACCUUAAUUUUAAGGCUUUAGUGCUCGAGUAUAUGCCUAAUGGAAAUCUUGACAAGUAUUUGUAUUCACACAACUACUUCCUAGACAUCAGGCAGAGACUAAGCAUUAUGAUAGAUGUGGCAUGUGCAUUGGAAUAUCUCCAUCAUGGAUGCUCCUUUCCCAUAAUUCAUUGUGAUCUGAAGCCUAGUAACAUCUUGCUGGAUGAGGAUAUGGUUGCCCACCUAAGCGACUUUGGUAUUUCAAAACUGCUUGGUGAAGAUGAGAGUGAUUUAUACACUAAAACCUUAGCAACAUUGGGUUAUAUUGCACCAGAGUAUGGACUGGAUGGAUUAGUGUCUAUAAAAUGUGAUGUCUAUAGUUACGGGAUCAUGUUGCUGGAAACGUUUACUAGGAGCAAGCCUAAUGAGUUUGAGGGAGAUCUUAGCUUGAAGCAAUGGGUGAGUUACUCAUUCCCAGAGGCAGUAAUGGAUGUUGUAGAUGCCAACUUGAUAACAUCAAUGGAUAAUCGCUUACGGAAGGAGCUAGAUGUUGUGUCUUCAAUCAUGAAAGUGGCAUUGGAUUGUUGUGUUGAAUCUCCAGCAAGAAGGACAAACAUGAAAGAUGUUGUAGGGAUGCUACAGAAGAUCAAGAUUCAACUUCUUGCAUACUGAUCAACGUUCUCGGAAUCUCUUGUUCCAAAUCACUCAUUUGUUGCAAAUGUUUACUAAAUUGUUGGAUUCAUGUAAGGAUUUUUUUUUUGUUUUGUUUUAGCAUUUGAUUUGUGCAUGAUUCUGUUUUCGAAUACUGGUUGGUUUCAAUAAAUCUCACAAUUUCCCCUC